AUGACUUCUCCCUUUGCCCAUCCUUGGUUGGAAUCCUUCACAGCCAUUUUGCCCUUACCACGCAGCAAGGACGAAUGGUUGAUUGUCGACAUCUCCAACUCUAUCCGGGAGAAGCCUCAAUGGAAAUCUCAGUACAAGGACGAAUCGAUUGCUUCUCAAUGGAAGCAGGAAAUCAAGGAUUGCUACUCUGACAAGACGCAGUUGAUUGAUGAAAUCAUCGACUAUGUGUUUGCCGAGUUGGAAUGGUAUGACAAUGUCGAAUCCGAGUAUCCAGGAUUCACCAUUGCCUGCGACGACAAGAUCGUAUUUUCCGACACGGCCAUUGAUCCUGAUUUGAAGCUCAGACUUAGUUCAGAAUUGAAAAAUCUACAACUGUCUUUUGGAGAUAAGCCGGACUAUCAUCCUCAUACAGGCAACAAGGUGGUUGAUCUUAUCCAUCCUUCCUUGUUCCCCCUUGAGUAUAGUGCAACUCCUACAUACGCAGAUGCAAAAAAGUCCGUGGUGCAAUUGCAUGAGUACUCUGACGAAAUCCACAAGGUUAAGAAGUGGGUGGGAAAGUAUGGAACUUCCCAUAAGUUUCAGUGGUUGCCUUCCUUAUUGAGAAUCAAUCAUGAAACGGAUACGUUUGAGUUCAAGUCCUACAUUAACAAUUUGCACCCAACUAAAUAUGCUUCUCUCUAUAAGGAUAUCCAAGCUGUGUUCAAUGCUGUAGUACCAGGUUUGAACUUUUGUUUAUCAAGGUACGCUUCCAAGCCGUAUUUUAGAAUAGACAUUCCCCCAUUUGAAGAAGCGUACGAGGAAGAGUUUCAGGAGAAGUUUAAGGAGUUCAUUGACAGUGACGAACCUUGGAAGGGCGAAAAGUUCUGGGAACUCAUGAACUCCAAAGUUAACUACUUAAAAUCUUUCCAUCCCAAGUAUGUUGAAGGACCUGAUACUAACAAGACUAUUGAUCUAGUCCAAGACUUUCACAGAUUGAAGGUAAUCGUUAAGGCUUCCAACAUUGAAUUAACACCCGACAAUCCACGCUAUGAAGGUGGAAAGUGGCAUGUGGAUGGGACUAUCAAUGAAGACAUAGUAGCUAGUGUGAUGUACUAUUAUGAUGUUGAGAACAUCACUGAGUCGAAUCUCAAGUUCAAGGCCUGUUUUGGUGACCCCAAGUACGAACAGGGUGAUGAUACCUACCCACGAGAAAUAUAUGGUGUGAAGGAUGGUGAUGUCAUGACGAGAGAGCUUGGAAGCAUCACAGCUCACGAGGGUAGAAUUGUCAUUUCUCCCAACUGCUUCCAGCAUCAAGUUGCUCCCUUUGAAUUGAAGAACAAGUCGAAACCGGGCCAUCGCAAGCUAUUAUGUUUCUAUCUUGUGGACCCCUAUAACCAUGUCGUUGUGACUACUGACCAAGUUCCUCCUCAGCAGAAAGCUUGGUGGGACGAUAACGAGUUGAAGAAGAAUUUGGCGGAUAGUCUCAGAAAGAAGAUUCUUGAUUUGAAGCCAGACGAAGAAUUUCCUGUGAGUUGGGAAAGAGCCCAGGAAGUCCGAGAGGAGUUGAUGAAGGAUAGAAACAAAGACCUUGACGAAUUUGACGAGGAUCCUGCUUUCACUAGGAAGUUUUCCUUUUGGAACUACGAUCUGUCGGCCGAAGAAACAGCUGAAUAG